AUGGCAGCUCUUCUAGACACAGGUUUUCCCAGAAGUGCAGGGACCCCAGCCAUAUCUCCCACCCUGAGAAAUUUUGGAGGUUCAGGGAGCUCAGAAGCUCUGCAGAGGCCACCCUCUCUGAGGGGAUUGUUCUUAGACUUCCAUCCAGAGGCAAGUGUUGACCUGUCCGUGCUGAAACCCACAGGCCUUCCUGGGUCAUCUUCUCUCACCCACUCCUUGAUGACAGGGAGCAGGAGCAGUAAAGUCACACCGGAAAUGGAUUCAGGACUGACAGGAGCCACCUUGUCACAUAAGACAUCUAUAGGUGCAAUCAUGAUGACGGAACAUACUCUGCCCUUUACUUCCCCAGCUAAGACCUUUGCCAGUCCUGCAUCUUCGGUUGUGGGAAGAAUCACCCGGUCCAUGGGGGCGAUGUCCUCUGCUCUCCCUGAGUCAACCUCUAGAGGAAUUACACACUCCGAGCAAAGAACCAGCCCAUCGCUGAGUCCCCAGGUCAAUGCAACUCCCUCUGGGAACUCUCCUGCUACAAGCGUGGUUUCAGGAUUGAGUUCCCCAAGAACCAGGACCAGUUCCACAGAAGGAAAUUUUACCAAAGAAUCAUCUACCUACACACUCGCUGUAGAGACCACAAGUGGCCCAGUCACUGAGAAGUACACAGUCCCCACUGAGACCUCAACAACUGAAGGUGACAGCACAGGGACACCCUGGGGCACAAGAUAUAUCCCUGCAAAAAUCACAUCUCCAAUGAAAACAUUUGCAGAUUCAACUGCAACCAAGGAAAAUGUCCCAGUGUCUACGACUCCAGCUGAGUCCACAGUUACUGACUCACAUACUGCGGGAAGGACAACCCCAUCCUUUGGGACAGUUUAUUCUUCCUUCCUUGACUUAUCGUCUAGAGGGACCCCAAAUUCCAGAGGUGGAACAAGCCUGGAACUGACUCCAUCAACCACUGGAUAUCUCUUCUCUUCUCCUGAACCUGGCUCCGCAGGACACAGCAGAAUAAGUACCAGUGCGUCUUUGUCAUCAUCUGCUUCAGUUCUCGAUAAUAAAAUAUCAGAGACCGGCAUAUUCUCAGGCCAGAGUAUCACUUCCCCUCUGUCUCCUGGGGUGCCCGAGGCCAGAGUCAGCACAAUGCCCAACUCAGCUAUCCCUUUUUCCAUGACACUAAGCAAUGCAGAAACAAGUGCUGAAAAGGUCAGAAGUACAAUUUCCUCUCUGGGGACUCCAUCUACAUCCACAGAGCAGACAGCAGACACUAUCCUUACCUUCCGUGCCUUCGCUGAGACCACGGAUACACCUGGCACCCACAUAGCCAAGACUUUGGCUUCAGAAUGGUCAGGGAGUCCAGGUACCCUCGGUGGCACCAGCACUUCAGCGCUGACAACCACAUCUCCAUCUACCACUUUAGUCUCAGAGGAGACCAACACCCAUCACUCCAUGAGUGGAAAGGAAACAGAAGGAACUUUGAAUACAUCUAUGACUCCACUUGAGACCUCUGCUCCUGGAGAAGAGACUGAAAUGACUGCCACCUUGGUCCCCACCCCAGGCUUUACUACUCUUUACAGCAAAAUCAGUAGUCCAUCUCAGGUGUCUUCAUCACACCCAACAAGAGAGCUCAGAACCGCAGGCAGCAACUCUGGGAGGCAGAGUUCCAGUAUAGCUGCCCACAGGAGCUCUGACAUCCUGAAGGCAACCACUUCCAGCACCUCAACAGCAUCAUCAUGGACCAGUGAAAGCACAGCUCAGCAAUUUAGUGAACCCCAGCACACACAGUGGGUGGAGACAAGUCCUAGCAUGAAAACAGAGAGACCCCCAGCAUCAACCAGUGUGGCAGCCCCUGCCACCACUUCUCCUGUUCCCUCAGUGGUCUCUGGCUUCACCACCCUGAAGACUAGCUCCACUAAAGGCAUUUGGCUUAAAGAAACAUCUGCAGACACACUCAUCGGAGAAUCCACAGCUGGCCCAACCACCUAUCAGUUUGCUGUUCCCACUGGGAUUUCAAUGACAGGAGGCAGCAUCACAAGGGGAAGGCAGGGCACAACCCACCCACUCAACAGAGCCACAGCAUUAUCUGAGACAUCCACAGAUUUGACUCUGGCCAUGAACGGUGUCCCAAUCUCCAUGUCUCCAGCAGUGAGCAAGACGGCUGCUGGCUCAAGUCCUCCAGGAGGGACAAAUCCAUCAUAUACAAUGGUUUCUUCUGUCAUCCCUGAGAUGUCAUCUCUAGAGUCCCCAGCUUCUAGGGAAGGAACCAGCCUGGGACUGACUCCAUUAAACACUAGACAUCCCUCCUCUUCCCCUGAACCAGACUCUGCAGGACAUACCAAGAUAAGCACCAGCAUUCCUCUGUUGUCAUCUGCUCCAGUUCUUGAGGAUAAAGUGUCAGUGACCAGCACAUUCUCACACCACAGAAUCACCUCAUCUGUGACCACAGGGACUCCUGAAAUCUCAGCAAAGACAAAGCCCAGCUCAGCCAUUCUUUUCUCCAUGACCCUAAGUAAUGCAGCAACAAGUCCUGAAAGAGUCAGAAAUGCAACUUCCCCUCUGACUUAUCCAUCUGCAUCAGGGAAAGGGACAGCAGGGAGUGUCCUCACCCUCAGCACCUCUGCUGAGACUACAGACUCACCUAGCAUCCACCCAACGGGGACACUGGCUUCAGAAUGGUCAGAGAGUCCUAGCACUCUCAGCCUCCCAAGUGUCUCUGGAGUGAAAACCACAUUUUCUUCAUCUGCUCCUUCCACUCAUCUAUUUACCGGUGGAGAAGAAACAGAGGAAACUUUGAAUCCAUCUGUGUCUCAACCUGAGACUUCUGUUUCCAGAGUAAGGACCACUUUGGCCAGCACCUCUGUCCCCACCCCAGUAUUCCCCACCAUGGACACCUGGACUACACGUUCAGCUCAGUUCUCUUCAUCCCACCUAGUGAGUGAACUCAGAACCACGAGCAGUACCUCAGCUACAAACUCAACCAGUUCAGCGCUUCCUAAAAUAUCUCACCUCUCUGGGACAGCAGCAAUGUCACAGACCAAUACAGGCAUGUUUAAUGACUCUGCUGCACCCCAAAGCACAACCUGGCCAGAGACUAGUCCCAGAUUCAAGACAGGGUUACCUUCAGCAACAACCACUGUUUCAACUUCUGCCACUUCUUUCUCUGCUACUGAAGUGGUCUCUAAAUUCACUUCUCCAGCAACUGGUUCCACAGAAGCAACUUCUAUGAGGGAACCAUCAACAACCAUCCUCACAACAGAGACCACGAGUGGCCCAGGCACUAUGGCUAUGGCUUCUACCAACAUCCCAAUUGGAAAGGGCGACAUUACUGAAGGAACAUUGGACACAACCCAUCUGUCCAUUGGAACCACAACUUCCUCUGAGACAUCUACAGAUUUUACCAUGGCCAAAGAAAGUGUCUCAAUGUCAGUAUCUCCAUCUCAGUCCAUGGAUGCUGUUGGCUCAAGCACUCCAGCAAAGACAAGCCAAUUGGUUGGCACGUUUUCUGAUGAUGUCUAUCAUUUAACAUCUGGAGCAAUUCCAAUACCUAGAGAUGGAACCAGUUCAGCUCUGACUCCACAGAUGACUGCAACUCACCCUCCAUCUCCUGGGCCUGGCUCUGCUAGCAGCACCUGGCUUGGCAUCUUGUCCUCAUCUUCUUCUCCUACUCCCAAAGUCACAAUGAGCUCCACAUUUUCAACCCAGAGAGUCACCACAAGCAUGAUAAUGGACACAGUUGAAACUAGUGAAUGGAACACACCCAACUUACCUUCCAUGACUUCCUUGACACCGAGUAAUAUUCCAACAAGUGGUGCAGUAGGAAAAAGCACCCUGGUUCCCUUGGACACUCCAUCUCCAGCCACAUCAAUGGAGGCAUCAGAAGGGGGACUCCCGACCCUGAGCACCUACCCUGAAUCAGCAAACACACCCAGCAUCCGCCUCAGAACACACGCUAGUUCAGAAAGUCCAAGCACCAUCAACCUUACCAUAACUUCAGUAGUAAAAACUGGCUCUUACACACCUCUCGCCUUCCCCUCAAUAGAAAGCCACAUUCAUGUAUCAACAGCCAGAAUGGAGACAAAUGAAAUUGCUUACUCUUCUGGGUCUUCACCUGAGAUGACAGCUCCUGGAGAGACUAACACUGGUAGUACCUGGGCCCCCACCACCUACAUCACCACUAUGAAUCCUAAGGAUACAAGUUCAGCUCAGGUCUCUACACCCCACUCAGUGAGGACACUCAGAACCACAGAAAACCAUCCAAAGACAGAGUCCACCACCCCAGCUGCUUACUCUGGAAGUCCUAAAAUCUCAAGUUCACCCGAUCUCACCAGUCUGAUCACAAAAGCAUGGACCAUCACAGACACAAUUGAACACUCCACUCAGUUACAUUACACAAAUUUGGCAGAAAAACCAUCUGGAUUUGAGACACAGUCAACUCCAGGACCUGUCUCUGUAGUAAUCCCUACCUCCCCUACCACUGGAAGCAGCACAUUAGAACUGACUUCUGAUGUCCCAGGGGAACCCGUGGUCCUCACUACCAGUGAGCAGACCGCAAUCACUCUCCCCAUGGCAACAUGGCUGAGUACUAGUUUGACAGAGGAAAUGCCUUCAACAGACCUUGAUAUUUCAAGUCCAAGUUCACUCAUGAGUACAUUUGCUAUUUUUCCACCUAUGUCCACACCUUCUCAUGAACUUUCAAAGUCAGAGGCAGAUACCAGUGCCAUUGGAAAUACAGAUUCAACCACAUGGGAUCAGCACCUAGGAAUCAGGAGUUUGGGCACAACUGGGGACUUAACAACUGUUCCUAUCACCCCACUGUCAACCACGUGGACCAGUGUGAUUGAACACUCAACACAAGCACAGGACACCCGUUCUGCAAUGAUGAGUCCUACUCAUGUGACACAAUCACUCAAAGAUCAAACAUCUUUACCAGCCUCAGCAUCCCCUCCCCAUGUUACUGAAGUCUACCCUGAGCUCGGGACACAAAGGAGAAGCUCCUCUGAGGCAACCACUUUUUGGAAACCAUCUACAGACACACUCUCCAGAGAGAUUGAGACUGGCCCAACAAACGUUCAAUCCACUCCACCCAUGGACAACACAACAGGGAGCAGUAGUAGUGGAGUCACCCUGGGCACAGCCCACCUUCCCAUAGGAACAUCAUCCCCAGCUGAGACAUCCACAAACAUAGCACUGGAAAGAGGAAGUUCUACAGCCACUGUCUCCAUGGCUGGGACUGUGGGAAUCCUAGUUACUAGUGCUCCAGGAAGAAGCAUCAACCAGUCAUUAGGAAGAGUUUCCUCUGUCCCUUCUGAGUCAACUACUGAAGGAGUCACAGAUUCUAGUAAGGGAAGCAGUCCAAGGCUGAACACACAGGGAAAUACAACUCCCUCCUCCUCUCUUGAGCCCAGCUCUGCUGAAGGAAGCCAGAUGAGCACAAGCAUCCCUCUACCCUCAUCUCCUCCAACUCCUGAUGUGGAAUUCAUAGGGGGCAGUACAUUUUGGACCAAGGAGGUUACCACAGUUAUGACCUCAGACAUCUCCAAGUCUUCAUCAAGGACAGAGGCCAGCUCAGUUACCCUUAUGUCCACAGCUUUGGGAAGCACUGAAAAUACAAAAAAACUCAGAACUGCCUCUAUGGAUCUUCCAUCUCCAACUCCAUCAAAGGAGGUGACACCAUGGAGUUCUCUCACACUCAGUAACACCCCCAAGACCACAGAUUCAUCUGACCUCAGCCAUGGGGUGCACACCAGCUCUACAGGGACUUUGGCCACUGACAGGCUAUUGAAUCCUGGUGUCACUAGAGCCUUCAGAUUAGAAAACAGCCCCAGUACCUCUUCUGAGUCCCUGUCUGUGGGAACCAGCACUCACACAUCCAUGAUUUACACAGAGAAGAGUGAAGUGCCUUCUUCAAUACGUCCCCAACCUGAGACCUCAGCUCCUGAAGCAGAGACCACUUUGACUUCCACUCCUGGAAACAAGGCCACAAGCUUAACAUUGCCUUUUUCCUCCCUUCCUGUGGAGGAAGUCAUUUCUACAGGCAUAACCUCAGGACUAGACAUCAACUCAGCACCCAUGACACAUUCUCCCAUCAUCCCACCAACAAUUGCACGGACCAGUACAGGCACAAUUGAACAGUUCACUCAACCACUACAGGCAGUUUCUUCAGAAAAAGUUUCUGGGCAGACACAGUCAACUCCAUAUGUCAAUGCUGUGGCAGUGUCUGCUUCCCCUGCCCAUGAGAACUCAGUCUCUUCUGGAAGCAGCACAUCCAUUCCAUAUUCCUCAGCCUCACUUGAAUCCUUGGAUUCCACAAUCAGUACUAGUUUAUCUGAGGCAUUGUCCUCAGCUCAUUCUGGGGUUUCAAACCCAGGUUCAGCUAUGACUGAAUUUCCACUCUUUUCAGCUGCAUCCACAUCUGCUGCUAAGCAAAGAAAUCCAGAAACUGAGACCUAUGGCCCCGAGAAUACAGCCCCAAGUACUUUGAACACUGAUGCAUCCUCAGGCACAGGUCUUUCUGAGACUUCUGUGGGGGCAAGCAUCAGCUCUGAAGUCCUUCUUCCAGUGACCAUAACUUCCAGAUCAGAUGUUUCUGGCCUUAUGUCUGAGAGUACUGCUAACCUGAGUUUAGGCACAGCCUCUUCAGCAGGGACCAAGUUAACUAGGACAAUAUCCCUGCCCACUUCAGAAUCUUUGGUUUCCUUUAGAAUGAACAAGGAUCCACAGACAGUGUCAAUCCCUUUGGGGUCCCGUCCAACUAUUAAUACAGAAACAAGCUUCCCAGUAAACAGUGCAGGUUCACCUGGCUUGUCCACAGUAGCAUCAGAUGUAAUUGACACACCUUCAGAUGGGGCUGAAAGUAUUCCCACUGUCUCCUUUUCCCCCUCCCCUGAUAAUGAAGUGACAACUAUCUCACAUUUCCCAGAAAAGACAACUCAUUCAUUUAGAACCAUUUCAUCUCUCACUCCUGAGUUGACUUCAAGAGUGACACCUACUCCUGGGGAUUGGACCAGUUCAGCUAUGUCCACAAAGCCCACAGAAGCCAGUUCGUUCAUUACACUGGGAGAGAGAAUGACAAUCACCUCUGCUGCUCCAACCACUUCCCCCAUAGUUCUCACUGUUAGUUUCACAGAGACCAGCACAGUUUCACUGGAUAAUGAAACUACAGUAAAAACUUCAGAUAUCCUUGAGGCACGGACAACAAAUGAGCUCCCCUCAGACAGCAGUUCUUCUUCUGAUCUGAUCAACACCUCCAUAGCUUCUUCAACUAUGGAUGUCACUAAAACAGCCUCCAUCAGUCCUGUUAGCAUCUCAGGAAGGACAGCAAGUUCCUCUCCUUCUCUCUUCUCUUCGGAUAGAUCCGAGGUUCCCACAUCUAUAACAGAGACAAAUACAGCCACCUCUCCAUCUGUUUCCAGUAACACAUAUUCUCUUGAUAGGGGCUCCAAUGUGGAUGGCAUGCCAUCCACUUUACUACCCUUUACAAUCACCCACCCUGUCAAGACAAGCUCGGCCCUGUUAACCUGGUCUAGACCAGUAGGAACUUUCAGCACCAUGGUCAGCACUGACACUGCCGCCGGAGAAAAUCCUACCUCUAGCAAUUCUGUGGUGACUUCUGUUCCAGCACUAGGUAUAUGGACCAGUGUAGGCAGUACUACUGACUUACCUGCCAUGGGCUCUCUCAAGACAAGUCCUGCAGGAGAGACACACUCACUUCCAGCAUCAACUAUUGAACCAGCCACUGCCUUCACUCCCCAUCUCUCAGCGACAGUGGUCACUGGAUCCAGUGCUACAUCAGAAGCCAGUCUUCUCACUAUGACUGAAAGCAAAACCAUUCAUUCUUCAUCACAGACCCCAACUACAGCCACCUCUGGAGCAAGCUGGGAAACUUCAGCUACUCCUGAGAGCCUUUUGGCAGUCACUGAGACUUCAGACACAACACUCACCUCAAAGAUUUCAGUGACAGAUACCAUCUUGUUUUCAACUGUGUCCACACCACCUUCUAAACUUCCAAGUACAGGAAUUCUCUCUGGACCCUCCUUCCCUACUUUACUCCCGGACACUCCAGCCAUCCCACUCACCACCACUGAGCCAACAAGUUCAUUAGCUACAUCCUUUGAUUCCACCCCACUGGUGACUAUAGAUUCGGAUAGACUUGGCACAGUCCCAGAGACUACCCCGACCAUGUCAGAGACCUCAAAUGGAGAUGUACUGGUUCUUAAGACAGUAAGUAACCCAGAUAGGAGCAUCCCUGGAAUCACUAUCCAAGGGGUAGCAGAAAGUCCACUCCAUCCUUCUUCCGCUUCCCCCUCUAAGAUUGUUGCUCCACAGAACACAACCUAUGAAGGUUCGGCCACCAUGGCACUUUCUACUUUGCCUGCAGGAACUACCAGUUCUCUUGCAUUUGGUCAGAGUGCUGACACCUCAGAGACAAUGGCUUUGGUGAACUCAUCAGCUGGGCUUGAGAGGGCAUCUGUGACGCCACUAACCACAGGAAGCCAGGGUUUGGCCAGCUCUGGAGGAGUCAGAAGUGGGUCCACUCACUCAACUGUAACCAAAACAUUUUCUUCUCUCCCUCUGACCAUGAACCCAGGUGAGGUUACAGCCAUGUCUGAAAUCACCAUUAACAGACUGACAGCUACUCAAUCAACAGCACCCAAAGGGAUACCUGUGAAGCCUACCAGUGCUGAGUCAGGGCUCCUAACACCUGUCUCUGCCUCCUCAGGCCCAUCAAAGGCCUUUUCAUCACUGACUACAGCUCCCACAACUUGGAGGAUCCCACAGUCCACCUUGACCUUUGAGUUUUUUGAGGUUCCAAGUUUAGAUACUAAGUCUGCUUCUUUACCAACUUCUAGACAGUCCCUGAACACCAUUCCAGACUCAGAUGCAAGCACAGUAUCUUCCUCACUGUCCAAGUCUCCAGAAAAAAACACAAGGGCAGGGAUGAUGACUUCCACAAAGGCCAUAAGUGUAAGCUCAGUUCAAUCAACAGGUUUUACUGAAAUCCCUGAGGAAUCUGCCUCCCCUUCUAUGGCAGGACAUGAACCCAGAGUUCCCACUCCAGGAACAGGGGACCCUAUAUAUGCCUCAGAGAGCAUGUCUUAUCCAGACCUGAGCAAGGCAUCAUCAGCUAUGACAUCGACCCCUCUUGCAUCAAAACUCACAACUCUCUUCAGCACAGGUCAAGCAGCAAGGUCUGGUUCUAGUUCCUCUCCCAUAAGCCUAUCCACUGAGAAAGAAACCAGCUUUCUUUCCCCCACUGCAUCCACCUCCAGAAAAACUUCACUCUUUCUUGGGCCCUCUGUGGCAAGACAGCCCAACACAUUGGUGCAUCUUCAGACUUCAGCUCUGACACUUUCUCCAACAUCCACUCUAAAUAUGUCCCAGGAGGAGCCUCCUGAGAUAACCUCAAGCCAGACCACUACAGAAGAAGAGAGAACAACAGCUGAAACACAGACCUUAACCUUCACACCAUCUGAGACCCCGACAUCCUUGUUACCUGUCUCUUCUCCCACAGAACCCACAGCCAGAAGAAAGGGUUCUCCAGAAAUAUGGGCAAGCUCUAUUUCAGUUCCUGCCAAGACCUCCUUGCUUGAAACAACUGAUGGAAUGCUGGUGCCCACUACAAAGAUGUCAAGUCAGGCAGCACAAGGAAAUUCCACGUGGCCAGCCCCAGCAGAGAAGAUAGGGACCAGUCCAGCAGGCACAUCCCUAGGAAGCCCAGAAAUGUCUACAGCUCUCAAAAUCAUGAGCUCCAAGAAACCCAGCAUCAGCCCAGAGAUCAGGUCCACUGUGAGAAUUUCUCCUUGGAAGACUCCAGAAACAACUGUUCCCGUGGAGACCACUGUGGAACCAGUUACCCUUCAGUCCACAGCCCUAGGAAGUGGCAGCACCAGCAUCUCUCACCUGCCCACAGGAGCCACAUCACCAGCCAAGUCACCAACAGAAAAUAUGGUGGCUACAGGAAGUGUCUCCCUCUCCCCAUCCCCACCUGAGGCUUGGACCAAUCUUUAUUCUGGAACUCCAGGAGGGACCAGGCAGUCACUGGCCACAAUGUUCUCUGUCUCCUUAGAGUCAUCAGCUGCUAGAAGCACGACAGGAACUGGUCAGCAAAGCAGUCCAGAAUUGAUUUUGAACUCUGUGAGCUCAGUCACAAAUCAAUCCAAACAUAAAACCGAGACAUGGGUCAGCACCACAGCCAUUCCCUCCACGAUCCUGAAUCACAAGACAAUGGCAGCUGAAGAACAGACAAGUCGAUCUAUGGAUGAGGCUUAUUCAUCAACUAGCUCAUGGUCAGAUCAGACAUCUGGGAGUGACAUCACCCUUGGUGCAUCUCCUGAUGUCACAAAGACAUUAUACAUCACCUCCACAGCACAAACCACCUCACGAGUAUCUCUGCCCUCUGGAGACCAAAGCAUUACCAGUCUCACCAGUCCCUCAGGAGGAAAAAGAAGCUCUGCAUCAUCUAUCACAUCCCCUGUGGAAGUGAGCAUCAUGGAUGUAACCACAGCUCCUACUCCAGGUAUCUCCACCACCAUCACCACCAUGGGAACCAACUCAAUCUUGACUGCCACACCCAGCCCCAAAGUGGGUGUGAGUACCAUGGACAGCACCCCGGACACAGAGGGGCACACAUCUUCUACAGAGCACCCUCCCACCUGGCCCUCCACAGCUGCAUCAGAUUCCUGGACUGUCACAGACAUGGCUUCAAACUUGAAAGUUGCAAGUUCUCCUGGAACAAUUUCUACAAUGCAUACAACUUCAUUCUUAGCCUCAAGCACUGAAUUGGACUCCAUGUCUACUCCCCAUGACCUUAUAACUGUCAUUGGAACCAGCCUGGUCACUCCAUCCUCUGAUGCUUCAGCUGUAAAGACAGAGACAAGUACCAGUGAAAGAACAUUGAAUCCUUCAGACACAACUGCAUCUACUCCCAUCUCAACUUUUUCUCGUGUCCAGAGGAUGAGCAUCUCAGUUCCUGACAUUUUAAGUACAAGUUGGACUCCCAGUAAUACAGAAACAGAAGAUGUGCCUGUUUCAAUGGUUUCUACAGAUCAUGCUAGUACAACGACUGACUCAAAUAUGCCGCUGUCCACUUUUCUGUUUGAUUCUCUGUCCACUCUUGACUGGGACCCUGGGAGAUCGGUGUCAUCAGCCACAGCCACUACCUCAGCUCCUCACGGGGCCACAAUUCCUCAAGAACUCGCUUUGGAGACCAUCAUCAGCUCAGCUACCUCGCAGCUGCCCUUCUCUGUAGGGGACUUUACAAGUGUAGUCACACCAGCUGCAAUGGUAAGGAGCUCUGGAGUUACUUUUUCAAGACCAGAUCUGACAAGCAAAAAGGCAGAGCAGACUUCUAUUCAGCUUCCCACCACAAUUUCUGCACAUCUAGGGCAGGUGCCCAGAUCAGCAGCAACAACUCUGGAUGUGAUCCCACACACAGCAAAAACUCCAGAUCCAACUCUUCAGAGACAAGGGCAGAGGGCUCUUACAACAGAGGCAAGAGCUACAUCUGACUCCGGGAAUGAGAAAGAAAAAUCAACCUCAAGUGCACCUUGGAUCACUGAGAUGAUGAAUUCUGUCUCACAAGAGACCAUCAAGGAGGUUACCAGCUCCUCCAGUGUUAAGGAGCCUGAAUACGCUGGACAUAAGCUUGGAAUCUGCGACGACUUCAUCCCCAUUGGAAAAGCAGCCCAUAUGAGAGAAUUGCCCCUUCUGAGUCCACCAGACAAAGAGGCAAUUCACCCUUCUACAAACACAGUAGAGACAACAGCAUGGGUCACAAGUUCCGAACAUGCUUCUCAUUCCACUGUCCCAGCUCACUCAGAAUCAUCCAAACUCACAUCUCCAGUGGUUACUGCCUCCACCAGGGAACAAGCAAUAGUUUCUGCAUCAGCAACCACAGGGCCAGAGUCUACAAGGACUGGAACAGAGCCUAAUUCCUCCUUGACUACUGAACUGAGGGAUUUCAGCCCUUACAUGGACCCCAGCUCAACCACACAAACAAGUAUUAUCUCUUCCCCAGGUUCCACUGUGAUCACCAAGGGGCCUAGAACAGAAAUUACCUCCUCUAAGAGAAUAUCCAGCUCAUUCCUUGCCCAGUCUGUGAGGUCAUCAGACAGCCCCUCAGAAUCCAUCACCAGGCUGUCUAACUUCCCUGCCACUACAGAAUCUGGAGGAAUGACCCUCACUAUGCAAACGAGUCCCCCUGGCGCUACAUCACUAAGUGCACCUACUUUGGAUACAUCAGCCACAGCCUCCUGGACAGGGACUCCACUGGCUAUGACUCAGAGAUUUACAUACUCAGAGAAGACCACUCUCUUUAGCAAAGGUCCUGAGGAUACAUCACUACCAAGCCCUCCCUCUGUGGAAGAAACCAGCUCUUCCUCUUCUCUGGUACCUAUCCAUGCCACAACCUCACCUUCCAAUAUUUUGUUGACAUCACAAGGACACAGUCCCUCCUCUACUCCACCUGUGACCUCAGUUGUCUGGUCUGAGACCUCUGGCCUGGGGAAGACCACAGACAUGUCGAGGAUAAGCUUGGAACCUGGCACCAGUCUACCUCCCAAUUUGAGCAGUACAGCAGGUGAGGUGUUAUCCACUUAUGAAGCCUCCAGAGAUACAAAGGCAAUUCAUCAUUCUGCAAACACAGCAGUGACCACUAUGGAGGCAACUAGUUCAGAACAUUCUCCUGUCCCAGUCCAUACAAAGCCAUCCAAAGCCACAUCUCCAUUGAUUACCUCCCACAUCAUGGGGAACAUCACUGCUUCCACAUCAGUGUUUGGCUCCUCCGAGACCACAAAGAUUGAGACAGUGUCUUCUGUGAACCCAGGACUUCAGGAGAGAAGCACAUCCCAGGUGGCCAGCUCUGCUACAGAGACAAGCACUGUCAUUACCCAUGUGUCUAGUGGUGAUGCUACUACUCAUGUCACAAAGUCACAAGCCACUUUCUCUAGCAGAACAUCCAUCCCAAGCCCUCAUCACUUCAAAACUUCUACCAAUACAUUUACAAAUGUGAGCACCAACCCUUCUACCUCUCUGAUAAUGGCAGAAUCUUCAGGAGUGACCAUCACCACCCAGACAGGUCCUACUGGAGCUACAAUACAGGGUCCAUAUCUCUUGGACACACCAAGCAUGCCUUACUUGACAGAGACUCCAUUGGCUUUGACUCCAGAUUUUAUGCAAUCAGAGAAGACCACUCUCAUGAGCAAAGGUCCCAAGGAUGUGUCAUGGACAAGCCCUCCCUCUGUGGCAGAAACCAGCUCUCCCUCUUCCCUGACACCUAUCUUGGUCACAACCUCACCUCCUGCCACUUACACAUUACGAGGGCGAAGUACAUCCUCUCCUGUUUCUGUGACUUCAGUUCUCACCUCUGGACUGGUGAAGACCACAGAUACGUUGAACACAAGCAUGAAACCUGUGACCAAUUCACCUCAAAGUUUGAACAACACAUCAAAUGAGAUGCUGGCCACUUUGGAAGCCACCACAGACAUAGAGACAAUUCAUCUUUCUAUAAACAAAGCAGAGACCAAUAUGGGGACCACCAGUUCAGCACGUGAACUGCAUUCCACUCUCCCAGUCAGCUCAGAACCAUCCACAGCCACAUCUCCAAUGGUUCCUGCCUCUGCUAUGGGGGACACUCUUGCUUCUACAUCAACACCUCAUUCUGAGACCACAGACACUGAGGGAGAGCCAACAUCCUCCCUGACGGCUGAACAAAAAGAGAACAGCACCUUCCAGGAGAUGAACUCAACUACAGAGUCAAACAUCAUCCUCUCCAAUGUGUCUGUGGGGACUGCUACUGAAGCCUCCAAAGUGGAAGUCCCCUCUUUUGAUGCAACAUUCAUACCAACUCCUGCUCAGUCAACAAAGUUCACAGGUAUUUUCUCGGUAUCCGGCAGUAGAUUUUCAAACUCUCCUCCCAUGACAAUAUCUACUCACAUGACCACCACCCAGACAGGGUCCUCUGGAGCUACAUCAAAGAUUCCACUUGCCUUAGACACAUCAACGUUGGAAACCUCAGCAGGGUCUCUAUCAGUGGUGACUGAGGGGUUUGCCCCCUCAAAAAUAACCACUGCCAUGAACAAUGAUGCCAAGGAUGUGUCACAGACAAGCCCUCUCUUUGAUGAGGAAGCCAGCUCUCCCUUUUCUCAGGCACCUGUGCUUGUCACAACCUUACCUUCUCCUGUUUCUUUCACGUUGCAAUGGCACGGAACCUCCUCUCCUGUGUCUGUGUCCUCAGUUCCUACUUCUUCACUGGUAAAGAUCACAGGCAAGGUGGAUACAAGCUUAGAAACGGUGACCAGCUCACCUCAAAGUAUAAGCAACACUUUGGAUGACCUAUUGACCACUUCAGCAGCCACCACAGAUAUAGAGACAAUGCACUCUUUCAUAAACACAGCAGUGACCAAUGUGGGGACCACUAGUUCAGCAUUUGAAUCACAUUCUACUGUCUCAGCUGACCCAGAGCCAUCUAAAGUCACAUCUCCAAAUGUCACCACCUCCACCAUGGAAGACACCACAAUUUCCAGAUCAAUACCUAGAUCCUCUAAGACUACAAGAAUUGAGACUGAGACAACUUCCUCCCUGACUCCUAAACUGAGGGAGACCAGCAUCUCCCAGGAGAUCACCUCAUCCACAGAGACAAGCACUGCUCCUUACAAAGAGCUUACAAACAUUAAGACAGAGCCAACAUACUUCUUGACUCCUAGACUGAGGGAGACCAGUACCUCUCAGGAGUCCAGCUUUUCCACAGACAUGAGUUUUCUACUUUCCAAAGUCCCCACUGGUACUAUUACUGAGGUCUCCAGUACAGAGGUCAUCUCUUCUAGCAAAAUUUCCACCCCAGACCAUGAUAAGUCUACAAUGCCACCUGAUACCUUCACAGGAGAGAUCUCCAGGGUCUUCACCUCCUCUAUUAACACAAAAUCUGCAGAGAUGACGAUCACCACCCAAGCAAGUCCUCCUGGGUCUGCAUCACACGGUACCCUUCCCUUGGACACAUUAACCACACUUUCCCAGGGAGGGACUCAUUCAACUGUGACUCAGGGAUUCCCACACUCAGAGGAUACCACUACUAGGAGCAGAGGUACUAAAGGCGUGUCAUGGCGAAGCUCUCCUUCUGUGGAAGAAACCAGUUCUCCUUCCCUGGUGCCUUUAACUGCAAUAACCUCACAUUCACCUCUUUUUUCCACAUUAUCAGGAAGUAGCCCCGCUUCUCCUCUCCCUGUGACUUCUCUUCUCACCUCUGGCAGGAGGAAGACCACGGACAUGUUGGACGCACUCUCAGAGCCUGUGACCAGCUCCUUACCAAGUGCAAGUAGCUUCUUAGGUGAGAUGCCCACUUCUGAAGCCUCCACAAAUACAGAGACAAUUCACUUUUCAGAGAACACAGCAGAAACCAAUAUGAGGACCACCAAUUCUAUGCAUGAACUACAUUCCUCUGUCUCAAUCCACUCCCAGCCAUCCAGACACACACUUCCAAAUGUUACUGAGUCUAUGAUGAAGGACGCUAUUGUUUCCACAUCAACACCUGGUUCUCCUGAGACUAUAAAUAUUGACAGAGAGUCAACAUCCCCCCUGACUCCUGAACUGACAGAGAACGGCACCGCCCUGGUGAUGAACUCAACUACAGAGUCAAACAUUGUUUUCUCCAGUGUAUCCAUGGGUGCUGCUACUGAGGUCUCCAGAGCAGAAAUCCCCUACUAUGAUCCUACAUUCAUGCCAGCUUCUGCUCAGUCAAAGUCCCCAGACAUUUCACCUGAAGCCAGCAGCAGACAUUCUAACUCGCCUCCCUUGACAAUAUUUACACACAAGACCAUCACCACACAAACAGAUCCUCCUGGGGUGACAUCUCUUGGCCAACUGACCUUGGACACAUCAACCAUACCAGCAGGAACCCCAUCAGCCAGAGCUCAGGAUUUUGUAGACUCAGAAACAACCACAGUCAUGAACAAUGAUCUCAGUGAUGUGUCGAAGACAAACCCUUUCUCUGUAGAAGAAGCCAACUCUCUCUCUUCUCAGGCACCUCUCCUUGUGACAACCUCACCUUCUCCUGUAACUUCCACAUUGCAAGUGCACAGUACCUCCUCUCUUGCUUCUGUGACCUCAGUACUCACCCCUGCACUAGUGAAGAUAACAGACAUGGACACAAGCUUAGAACCUGUGACUCGUUCAUCUCAAAGUUUAAGCAACACCUUGGCCACUUCAGAAGCCACCACAGAUACAUACACAAUACAUCCUUCUAUAAACACAGCAGUGACCAAUGUGGGGACCACCAGUUCACCACAUGAAUUCUAUUUUACUGUCUCACCUGACUCAGAGCCAUAUAAAACCACAUCUCCAGUAGUUAUCACUUCCACCAUGGGGGACUCAAUAGUUUCCAUAUCAAUGCCCAGAUCCUCUGAGAUGACAAAGAUUGAGUCUGAGACAACUUCCUCCCUGACCUUUGGACUGAAGGAGAUCAGCGCCUCCCAGAAAUUUGGCUCAUCCUCAGAUACAAGCACUGUCUUUGACAGCGCACUCACUGCUGCUACUACUGUGGUCUCCAGAACAGAACUCACUUCCUCUAGCAGGACAUCCAUCCGAGGCACUGAAAAGCCCACAGUGUCACCAGACACCUCCACAGGAUCUGUCACCGUGUUCUCUACCUUUGCUGGCAUGACAAAAUCUGAAGAAAUGACCGUCGCCACCCAGACAGGUCCUUGUAGGGCUACCUCACAGGGUACCCUUACCUGGGACACGUCAAUCACAACCUCACAGGCAGAGACCCACUCAGCUAUGACUCAUGGAUUUUCACAAUUAGAUAUGUCUACUCUUAUAAGUAGAGUUCCUGAGGAUGUAUCAGGGACAAGCCCACCCUCUGUGGAAAAAACCAGUUCUCCCUCUUCCCUUCUGUCUUUACCAGCAAUAACCUCACUGCCCCCUGUACCUACUACGUUACUAGAAGGUAGACCCUAUUCUUCUGUUCAUCUGACUUCACUCCCCACUUCUGGCCCGGUGAAGACCACAGAUAUGCUGGCAUCUGUGACUAGUUUACCUCCAAAUUUGGGCAGCCCCUCACAAAAGAUACCGUCUACUUCUGAAGACAUUAAUGAUACAGAGAAAAUGUAUCUUUCCACAAACAUAGCAGUAACCGAUAUGGGGACCACCACUUCUGAAAAGGAAUCUUAUUCAUCUGUCCCAGCCUACUCAGAACCACCCAAAGUCACCUCUGCAGUGGUUACCUCUUUCACCAUGAGGGACACCAUUGUUUCCACAUCCAUGCCUGGCUCCUCUGAGAUUACAAGGAUUGAGACGGAGUCAACAUCCUCCCCGGCUCAUGAGCUGAAGGAAACCAGCACCUCCCAGGAGCCCAUCGUAUCCACAGAGAAAAGUGCUGUCCUUCACAAGGUGAUCAUUGGUGCUACUCCUGAGACCUCUAGGACAGAAGUUGCCUCUUCUAGAAAAACAUCCAUUCCGGGCCCUGAUCAUUCCACAAAGUCACCAGACAUCUCCACUGAAGUGAUCCCCAGGCUGCCUAUUUCCCCUGGCAUUACAGAAUCUGCAAAUGUGACCAUCAUCACUCAAACAGGCCCUCCUCUUGGAUCUACAUCACAGGGUACAUUUACCUUGGACACACCAACUACAUCCUCCAGGGCAGGAACACGCUCGAUGGUGACUCAGGAAUUUCCACACUCAGAAAUGACCACUCUCAUGAACAAGGACCCUGAGAUUCUAUCACAGACAAUCCCUCAUUCUAUAGAGAAAACCAGCUUCUCCUCUUCCCUGAUGCCUUCACCAGCCAUGACCUCACCUUCUCCUGGUUCCUCAACAUUACCAAAGACCACUCACGCCACUCCUUCUCCUAUGAUCUCACUACUCACCUCUAGUCUAGUGAUGACCACAGAUAUGUUAGGCACAAGCCCAGAAGCUACAACCAGUUCACCUCCAAAUUCAAGCAGUACCUCACAUGAGAUACUGACGACAGAUGAAGACACCACAGCUAUAGAAGCCAUGCAUCCUUUCACAAGCACAGCAGUGACUAACGUGGAAACCACCAGCUCUGGACAUGGGUCACAAUCCUCUGUCCUAGCUGACUCAGAAAGAACCAAGGCUACAGCCCCAGUGGAUACCACCUCCACCAUGGGGCAUACAACUAUUUCCACAUCAAUGUCUGUUUCCUCUGAGACUACAAAAAUAAAGAGAGAGUCAACAUAUUCCUUGACUCCUGGACUGAGGGAGACCAGCAUCUCCCAAAAUGCCAGCUUUUCCACUGACACAAGUAUUGUUCUUUCAGAAGUCCCCACUGGUACUGCUGCUGAGGUCUCCAGGACAGAAGUCACCUCCUCUGGUAGAACAUCCAUCCCUGGCCCUUCUCAGUUCACAAUGUUGCCAGAAAUAUCCACAAGAACAAUGACAAGGCUCUUUGCCUCACCUACCAUGACAGAAUCAGCAGAAAUGACCAUCCCCACCCAAACAGGUCCUUCUGGGUCUACAUCACAGGAUACCCUUACCCUGGACACAUCCACCACAAAGUCUCAGGCAAAGACUUAUUCAACUUUGACUCAGAGAUUUCCACACCCAGAGCAGACCACUCUCAUGAGCAGAGGUCCUGGAGAUAUGUCAUGGCAAAGCUCUCCCUCUGUGGAAAAACCCACCUCUCUCCCUUCCCUGCUGUCUUUACCUGCCACAAUCUCACCUCCUACCGUUUCCUCCACAUUACCAGUGAGUAUCUCCCCCUCUCCUCUUCCUGUGACUUCACUUCUCACCUCUGGCCCAGUGAUGACCACAGACAUGUUACGCACAAGCCCCGAACUUGUAACCAGUUCACCUCCAAAGCUGAGCCACACUUCAGGUGAGAGACUGACCACUGGCAAGGACACCACAGAUACAGAAGCUGUGCAUCCUUCCACAAACACAGCCGUGUCCAAUGUGGAGACCUCCAGCUCUGGACAUGAAUCCCCUUCCUCUACCUUAGCUGACUCAGAGACAUCCAAAACCACAUCACCAAUGUUUAUUACCUCCACACAGGAGGACACAACUGUUGCCAUAUCAACCCCUCACUUCUUGGAGACUAGCAGAAUUCAGAAAGAGUCCAUUUCCUCCCUGACCCCUAAAUUGAGAGAGACCAGCAGUUCUGUGGAGACCAGCUCAGCCAUGGAGACAAGUGCUGUCCUUUCCGAAGUGCCCACUGGAGCUACUACUGAGGUCUCCAGGACAGAAGUCACCUCUUCUAGCAGAACAUCCAUCUCUGGUCCUGCUGAGUCCACAAUGUUGCCAGAAAUAUCCACCACAAGAAGAAUCAUUAAGUUCCCUACCUCCCCCAUCAUGGCAGAAUCAUCAGAAAUGACCAUCAAGACCCAAACAAGUCCUCCUGGAUCUACACCAGGGAGUACCCUUACAUUAGACACAUCAACCACACCCUCCUUGGUAAUAACCCACUCGACUAUGACUCAGAGAUUGCCACACUCAGAGAUAACCACUCUUGUGAGUAGAGGUUCUGGAGAUGUGCCAUGGCCUAGCUCUCCCCCUGUGGAAGAAACCAGCCCUCCAUCUUCCCAGCUAUCUUUACCUGCAAUGAUCUCACCUUCUUCUGUUUCUUCCACAUUACCAGCAAGUAGCCACUCCUCUUCUGCUUCUGUGACUUCGCUUCUCAUAGCAGGCCAAGUGAAGACCACAGAGGUAUUGGACACAAGCGCAGAACCUGAAAUCAGUUCACCUCCAAGUUUGAGCAGCACCUCAGUUGAAAUACUGGCCACCUCUGAAGUCACUACAGAUACAGAGAAAAUUCAUCCUUUCUCAAACACAGCAGUAACCAAAGUGGGAACUUCCAGUUCUGGACAUGAAUCCCCUUCCUCUGUCCUACCUGACUCAGAGAAAACCAAAGCCACAUCACCAGUGGGUAUCAUCUCCAUCACGGAGGAUAUAAGUGUUUCCACAUUAACUCCUGCCUUAUCUGACACUAGGAAAAUUCAGACAGAUCCAGCUUCCUCACUGACCACCAGAUUGAGGGAGACCAGCACCUCUGAAGAGACCAGCUCAGCCACAGAGAAAAACACGGUUCCUUCUGAAGUGUCCACUGGUGCUACUACUGAGGUCUCCAGGACAGAAGCCAUCUCCUUUAGCAGAACAUCCAUCUCAGGCCCUGAGCAGUCCACAAUGUCACAAAACAUCUCCACAGAAACCAUCACCAGGAUUUCUGCCUCCUCUGUCAUGACAGAAUCUGCCAAAAUCACCAUCACAACCCAAACAGAUCCUCCGGGGUCUACAUCAGAAAGUACCCUUAAUUUGGACACAGCAACCACAUCCUCUUGGGAAGAAACCCACUCUACAGUAACUCAGGGAUUUCCACACCCAGAAAUAACCACUUCCAUGGGCAGAGGUCCUGGAGGUGUGUCAUGGCCUAGUCCUCCCUUUGUGAAAGAAACCAGCCCUCCAUCUUCCCCGCUGUCUUUACCUGCCGUGACCUCACCUCAUCCUGUUUCCACCACAUUCCCAGCAUAUAUCUCCCACUCUCCCCUUCCUGUGACUUCACUUCUCACCUCUGGCCCGGUGAUGACCACAGAUAACUUGGGUAUAAGCACAGAACCUGGAACCAGUUCAUCUUCAAGUUUGAGCAGCACCUCCCGUGAGAGACUGACCACUUACAAAGACACUGCACAUACAGAAGCUGUGCAUCCUUCCACAAACACAGGAGGGGCCAAUGUGGCAACCACCAGCUCUGGAUAUAAAUCACAAUCCUCUUUCCUAGCUGACUCAGAGACAUCCAAAGCCUCAUCUCCAAUGGGUACCACCUCCACCAUGGGGAAUACAAGUGUUCUCACAUCAACUCCUGCCAUCCUUGAGACUAGGAGGAUUCAGACAAGGCCAACUUCCUCCCUGACCCCUGGAUUGAGGGAGUCCAGUGGCUCUGAAGGGACCAGCUCAGGCACCAAGAUGAGCAUCAUCCUUUCUGAAGUGUCCACUGGUGCUACUACUGAGAUCUCCAAGAAAGACAUCACCUCCAUCCCAGGUCCCGCUCCAUCUACAAUAUCACCAGACAUCUCCACAGGAACCACCAGUUGGUUCUCUACAUCUCCUGUCAUGACAGAAUCAACAGAAAUAACCAUGAACACCCACACAAGUCCUUUAGGGGCCGCAACACAAGGCACCAGUACUUUGGACACUUCAAGCACAACCUCUUUGACAAUGACACGCUCAACUGUAUCUCAAGGAUUUUCACACUCACAGAUGAGCACCCUUAUGAAGAGGGGUCCUGAGGAUGUAUCACGGAUGAGCCCUCCCAUUCUGGAAAAAACUAGCUCUUCCUCUUCUCUGAUGUCUUCACCAGCCACAACUUCACCUUCUCCUGUUUCCUCCACAUUAACAGACAGCAUCUCUUCCUCUCCUCUUCCUGUGACAUCACUCCUCACGUCUGCCCUGGCAAAAACUACAGAUACGUUGCACAAAAGCUCGGAACCUGUAACCAACUCACCUGCAAAUUUGAGCAGCACCUCAGUUGAAAUACUGGCCACCUCUGAAGUCACCACAGAUAUGGAGAAAAUUCAUUCUUCUUCGAACAGAGCAGUGACCGAUGUGGGUACCUCCAGUUCUGGACAUGAAUCCCCUUCCUCUGUCCUAGCUGACUCAAAGGCAUCCAACGUCACAUCUCCAAUGGUUAUUACCUCCACCAUGGAGGAUACAAGGGUCUCCACAUCAACUCCUGGCUUUUUUGGGACUAGCAAAAUUCAGACAGAACCAACAUCCUCCCUGACCCUUGGAGUGAGAAAGACCAGCAGCCCUGGGGGGACCAGCUCAGCCACAGAGAUGAGCACUGCCCUUUCUGGAGUGCCUACUGAUGCCACUGCUGAGGUCUCCAGGACAGAAGUCACCUCCUCUAGCAGAACAUCCGUCUCAGGCCUUGCUCAGCUCACAGUGUCACCAGAGACCUCCACAGAAACCAUCACCAGACUCCCUACCUCCCGCAUGAUGACAGAAUCAGCAGAAAUGAUGAUCAAGACACAAACAGAUUCUCCUGGGUCUGCACCAGAGGGUACUCUUACUGUGGACAUGUCAACAACACCCAACUGGGUAGAAACCCACUUGACUGCGACUCAGAGAUUUUCACACUCAGACAUGACCAUUCUUGUGAGCAGAGGCCCUGGCAAUGUGUUAUGGCCUAGUCAAUCCUCUGUGGAAGAAACCAGCUCUGCCUCUUCCCUGCUGUCUCUACCUGCCAUGACCUCACCUUCUCCUGUUUCCUCUACAUUAGCAGAGGAUUUCACUUCCCCUUCUCUUCCUGUGACUUCUUUUCUCACCCCUGACCUGGUGAUAACCACAGACAGGAUGGGCAUAAGCAGAGAACCUGAAACCAGCUCCACUUCAAAUUUGAGCAGCACCUCCUAUGAGAGACUAACCACUUUGGAAGACACUGUAGAUACAGAAGCCGUGCAUCCUUCCACACACACAGCAGUGACCAACAUAGGGACCUCCAGUUCUGGACAUGAAUCACAAUCUUCUGUCCUAGCUUACUCAGAGAUACCCAAAGCCACAUCUUCUAUGGGUACCACCUACACCAUGGGGAAAACGAGUGUUUCCAUAUCCACUUCUGACUUCUUUGAGACCAGCAGAAUUCAGAUAGAACCAACAUCCUCCCUGACUUCUGGAUUGAGGGAGACCAGCAGCUCUGAGAGGAUCAGCUCAGCCACAGAGAGAAGCACUGUCCUUUCGGAAGUGCCCAGUGGUGCAACCACUGAGGUCUCCAGGACGGAAGUGAUCUCCUCUAGGGGGACAUCCAUGUCAGGGCCUGAUCAGUCCACCAUGUCACCAGACAUCUCCACUGAAGCGAUCACCAGGCUCUCUACCUCCCCCAUUAUGACAGAAUCAGCAGAAAGUGCCAUCACUAUUCAGACAGGUUCUCCUGGGGCUACAUCACAGGGUGCCCUCACCUCGGACACCUCAACAACAACUUUUUGGUCAGGGACCCACUCAACUGCAUCUCCAGGAUUUUCACACUCAGAGAUGACCACUCUCAAGAGUAGAACUCCUGGAGAUGUGUCAUGGCCAAGCCUUCCCUCUGUGGAAGAAGCCAGCUCUGUUUCUUCCCCACUGUCUUCACCUGCCAUGAUCUCGCCUUCUUUUUCCUCUACAUUACCAGAGAGCAUCCCCUCCUCUCCUCACCCUAUGACUGUACUUCUCACCCCUGGCCCGGUGAAGACCACAGACAUGUUGGGCACAAGCUCAGAACCUGAAACCAGUCCACCUCCAAAUUUGAGCAGCACCUCAGAUGAAAUAUUAGACACCUCUGAAGUCACCAAAGAUGAAGAGAAAAUUCAUCCCUCCUCAAACACACCAGUGAUCAAUGUAGGGACUUCGGUUUAUAAACAUCUAUCCCCUUCCUCUGUUUUGGCUGACUUAGUGACAACAAAAGCCACAUCUCCAAUGGCUACCACCUCCACUCUGGGGAAUACAAGUGUUUCCACAUCAACUCCUGCCUUCCCAGAAACUAUGAUGACAAAGCCAACUUCCUCCCUGACCUCUGAAUUAAGGGAGAUCAGUACCUCUCAAGAGAUCAGCUCAGCAACAGAAAGAAGUGCUUCUCUUUCUGGAAUGCCCACUGGUGCUACUACUGAGGUCUCCAGAACAGAAGCCAUCUCCUCAAGCAGAACAUCCACCCCAGGUCCUGCUGAAUCCACAAUGUCACCAGACAUCUUCGCAGAAACCAUCACUAGAAUUUCUACUCCCCUCACCAUGACAGAAUCAGCAGAAAUGACCAUCACCCCCAAAACAGGUCAUUCUGGGGCAUCCUCACAAGGUACCUUUACCUUGGACACUUCAAGCAGAGCCUCCUGGCCAGGAACUCACUCAGCUGCAACUCACAGAUCUCCACACUCAGUGAUGACCACUCCUAUGAGCAGAGGUCCUGAGGAUGUGUCAGGGUCAAGCCCCCCAUCAGUGGAAAAAACUAGCCUUCCAUCUUCCCUGGUGUCUUUAUCUGCAGUAACCUCACCUUCGCUGCUUUAUUCCACAACAUCUGGGAGUAGCAACUCCUUUCCUCUCCAGGUGACUUCUCUUUUCACCCCUGUCGUGAUGAAGACCACCGACAUGUUGGACACAAGCUUGGAACCUGUGACCACUUCACCUCCCACUAUGAAUAUCACCUCAGAUGAGAGUCUGGCCACUUCUAAAGCCACUAUGGACACAGAGGCAAUUCAGGUUUCUGAAAACACAGCUGUGACCCAGGUGGGCACCACCAGAGCUAGACAAGAAUUCUAUUCCUCUUACCCAGGCUUCCCAGAGCCAUCCAAAGUGACAUCUCCAGUGGUCACCUCUUCCACGAUAAAAGACAUUGUUUCUACAACCAUACCUGCUUCCUCUGAGAUAACAAGAACUGAGAUGGAGUCAACAUCCAUCCUGACCCCUACACCAAGGGAGACCAGGACCUCCCAGGGGAUCCACUCAGCCACAGAGCCAAGCACUCUUCCUUACAAGGCACUCACUAGUGCCACGAUUGAGUACUCCAGGACACAAGUCAUGUCCUCUAGCAGAAGACCUAGCCCUGAUCAGUCCACAAUGUCACCAGACGUCUCCACUGAAGUGAUCACUAGGCUCUCUACCUCCCCCAUCAAGACAGAAUCUACAGAAAUGACCAUUACCGCCCAAACGGGUUCUCCUGGGGCUACAUCACAGGGUACGCUUACCUUGAACACCUCAACAACAACUUUUAUGUCAGGGACCCACUCAACUGCAUCUCAAGGAUUUUCACACUCAGAGACGACCACUCUUAUGAGUAGAACUCCUGGAGAUGUGCCAUGGCCAAGCCAUCCCUCUGUGGAAGAAACCAGCUCUGCCUCUUCUUUGCUGUCUUCACCUGCCAUGACCUCACUUUCUCCUGUUUCUUCCACAUUACUGGACAGCAUCCACUCCUCUUCUCUUCCUGUGACAUCACUUCUCACCUCGGGCCUGGUGAAGACCACAGAGCUGUUGGGCACAAGCUCAGAACCUGAAACCAGUUCACCCCCAAAUCUGAGCAGCACCUCAGCUGAAAUACUGGCCACCACUGAAGUCACCACAGAUACAGAGAAACUGGAGGUGACCAAUGUGGUAACCUCAGGUUAUACACACGAAUCUCCUUCCUCUGCCUUAGCUGACUCAGUGACAACAAAAGCCACAUCUUCAGUAGGUAUCACCUACCCCACAGAAGAUACAAAUAUUCUCACAUCACCUCCUGCCUUCUCUGACACCAGUAGCAUUCAGACAAAGCCAACACUUUCACUGACUCCUGGGUUGAUGGAGACCAGCACCUCUGAAGAGACCAUCUCUGCCACGGAAACAAACACUGUCCUUUCUAGUGUGCCCACUGGUGCUACUCCUGAGGUCUCCAGGACAGAAGCCAUCUCCUCUAGCAGAACAUCCAUCCCAGGCCUUGCUCAAUCUACAAUGUCACCAGACACCUCCACGGAAACCAUCACUAGAGUUUCUACUCCCCUCACCAGGAAAGAAUCAACAGAAAUGGCCAUCACCCCCAAAACAGGUCCUUCUGGGGCUACCUCACAGGGUACCUUUACCUUGGGCACAUCAAGCACAGCCUCCUGGCCAGGAACUCACUCAGCUGCAACUCAGAGAUUUCCGCAGUCAGUGGUGACAACUCCUAUGAGCAGAGGUCCUGAGGAUGUGUCAUGGCCAAGCCUCCCAUCUGUGGAAAAAAACAGCUCUCCAUCUUCCCUGGUGUCUUUAUCUGCAGUAACCUCACCUUUGCCACUUUAUUCCACACCAUCUGGGAGUAGCCACUCUUCUCCUGUCCCUGUCACUUCUCUUUUCACCUCUGUCAUGAUGAAGACCACAGACAUGUUGGAUGCAAGCUUAGAACCUGAGACCACUUCACCUCCCAGUUUGAAUAUCACCUCAGAUGGGAGUCUGGCCACUUCUAAAGCCACUAUGGAGACAGAGGCAAUUGAGGUUUCUGAAAACACAGCAGCAUCCCAUGCGGAAACCACCAGUGCUAGAGAGGAACUCUAUUCCUCCUCCCCAGGCUUCUCAGAGCCAACCAAAGUGACAUCUCCAGUGGUCACCUCUUCCUCUAUAAGAGACAACAUUGUUUCCACAGCAAUGCCUGGCUCCUCUGGCAUUACAAGGAUUGAGAUAGAGUCAAUGUCAUCUCUGACCUCUGGACUGAGGGAGACCAGAACCUCCCAGGACAUAACCUCAUCCACAGAGACAAGCACUGUCCUUUACAAGAUGCCCUCUGGUGCCACUCCUGAGGUCUCCAGGACAGAAGUUAUGUCCUCUAGCAGAACAUCCAUUCCUGGCCCUGCUCAGUCCACAAUGUCACCAGACAUCUCCGAUGAAGUAGUCACCAGGCUCUCUACCUCCCCCAUCAUGACAGAAUCUGCAGAAAUAACCAUCACCACCCAAACAGGUUCUUCUCUGGCUACAUCCCAGGUUACCCUUCCCUUGGACACCUCAAUGACCUUUUUGUCAGGGACCCACUCAACUGUGUCUCAAGGACUUUCACACUCAGAGAUGACCAAUCUUAUGAGCAGGAGUCCUGAAAAUCUGUCAUGGACGAGCCCUCGCUUUGUGGAAACAACUGGAUUUUCCACUGCUCUGGCAUCAUUACCUCUCACAACCUCACUUUCUCCUGUGUCCUCCACAUUACUAGAGAGUAGCCCCUCCUCUCCUCUUCCUGUGACUUCACUUAUCCUCCCAGGCCUGGUGAAGACAACUAUCUCACCUGAUACGUCAGAUCUGGUGACCUCACUGGUCCCUAGUUCUGGGACAGACACCAGUACAACCUUCCCGACAUUGAGUGAGACCCCAUAUGAACCAGCGACUACAGUCACAUGGCUCACUCAUCCUGCAGAGACCAGCACAAAGGUUUCUAGGACAAUUUCCAACUUUUCCCAUGGGGAAUCGGACAGUACACCCUCAGUGGUCACCAGUCCUGGAGUAGACGCCAGGUCAGCUGUUCCAAUUACAACCAUCCCAUCCAGUAUACCAGGGGCAGUGACCUCACGGGUCACUAGUUCUGCAACAGACACUAGUACAGCUAUUCCAACUUUGACUUCUUCUCUUGGUGAACCAGAGACCACAGCCUCAUUGGCUGCCCAUCCUGGGACACAGACUGGCUUCACUGUUCCAAUUCGGACUGUUCCCUCUAGUGAGCCAGGUACAACAGCUUCCUGGGUCACUCAUCCUGCACAGAUCAGCACACCUGUUUCCAGAACAACCCCCAGUUUUUCCCAUAGUAGACCAGAUGCCACACCUUUAAUGGCCACCAGUCCUGGGACAGAAGCCAGUUCAGCUGUGCUGACAACAGUCUCACCUGGUGCACCAGAGAUGGUGACUUCACAGAUCACUAGUUCUGGGGCAGCAACUAGUACAACUAUUCCAACUUUGACUCAUUCUCCUGGUAUGCCAGAGACCACAGCCUUAUUGAUCACCCAUCCCAGCACAGAGACAAGUACAACGUUUCCUGCUUCAACUGUGUUUCCUCAAGUAUCAAGGACCACAGCCUCACUCUCCAUUAGACCUGGCGCAGAGACUAGCACAGCUCUCUCAACUCAGACAACGUCCUCUGUCUUCACCCUACUUGUAACUGGAACUGGCAGAGUUGAUCUAAAUCCAACUGCUUCACCUGGUGUUUCUGCAAAAACAGCCUCACUUUCCACCCAUCCAGGGACAGAAACUAGCACAAUGAUUCCAACUUCAACUCUUUCCCUUGGUUUAUUAGAGACUACAGGCUCACUAGCCACCAGCUCUUCAGUAGAGACCAGCACAGGUACUCUAACUCUGACUGUUUCCCCUGCUGUCUCUGGGCCUCCCAGUGCCUCUAUAACAACGGGUAAGCCCCAAACUGUGACCUCCUGGAACACAAAAACCUCACCAUCUGUAACUUCCGUUGGACCCCCAGAAUUUUCCAGGACUGCCACAGGCACCACUAUGACCUUGAUACCAUCAGAGACGCCAACACCACCUAAAACCAGUCAUAGAGAAGGAGUGAGUCCAACCACUAUCUUGAGAAAUACAGUGGUUGAAACCACUAAUUUAGCUGCCACAGGUUCCAGUCCCACUGUGGCCAAGACCACAACCACCUUCAAUACACUGGCUGGAAGCUCCUUUGCUCCUCUGACCACACCUGGGAUGUCCACCUUGGUCUCUGAGAGUGUGACCUCAAGAACAAGUAAGAAUAACCUUUUUAUUGUGUACACGAAGGACAUGGGGCACCUGGGUUCUGAAAUAUUCAAUGCCACCGAGAGGGCCCUGCAGCAGCUGCUCGAGCCCUUGUUCCAGAACAGCAGUAUUGGUUCCCUCUAUGCUGGCUGCAGGCUGACCUCGCUCAGGGCUGAAAAGGAUGGGGCAAGCACCAGAGUGGAUGCCAUCUGCACCUACCGCUCAGAUCCCACCAGCUAUGAGCUGGACAGAGAGCAGCUGUACUGGGAGCUGAGCCAGUUGACUCACGGCGUCACCCUGCUGGGACCCUACACUCUGGACAGGAACAGGCUCUAUGUCAAUGGUUAUAACCGUCGGUACCAGACCCCUGCCACCAGCACUCCAGUGACUUCUACAUUCUCCCCAGGAAUUUCCACAUCCUCCAUCCCCAGCUCCACAGCAGCCACAGUGCCAUUCAUGGUGCCAUUCACCCUCAACUUCACCAUCACCAACCUGCAGUACGUGGAGGACAUGCGGCACCCUGGUUCCAGGAAGUUCAACACCACAGAGAGAGUCCUGCAGGGUCUGCUCAAACCCUUGUUCAGGAAUAGCAGUCUGGAAUACCUCUAUUCAGGCUGCAGACUAGCCUUACUCAGGCCAGAGAAGGAUGGAUCAGCCACAGCAGUGGAUGCCAUCUGCACACAUCGCCCUGACCCUGAAGGCCUCGGACUGGACAGAGAGCGACUGUACUGGGAGCUGAGCAACCUGACCAAUGGCAUCCAGGAGCUGGGCCCCUACACCCUGGAUGGGAACAGUCUCUAUGUCAAUGGUUUCACCCAUCGAAGCUCUAUGUCCGCCACCAGCACUCCUGGGACCUCCACAGUGGAUGUGGGAACCUCAGGGACUCUAUCCUCCAGCCCCAGCCCCACGACUGCUGGCCCUCUCCUGAUGCCAUUCACCCUCAACUUCACCAUCACCAACCUGCAGUAUGAGGAAGACAUGCAUCGCCCUGGCUCCAGGAAGUUCAACACCACGGAGAGGGUCCUGCAGGGUCUGCUCAGGCCCUUGUUCAAGAACACCAGUGUCAGCCCUCUGUACUCUGGCUGCAGACUGACCUUGCUCAGACCCGAGAAGGAUGGGGCAGCCACUGGAGUGGAUGCCAUCUGCACCCACCGCCUUGACCCCAAAAGCCCUGGACUCAACAGGGAGCAGCUGUACUGGGAGCUAAGCAAGCUGACCAAUGGCAUUGAUGAGCUGGGCCCCUACACUCUGGACAGGAACAGUCUCUAUGUCAAUGGUUUCACCCAUCGGAGCUCUGUGUCCACCACCAGCACUCCUGGGACCUCCAUAGUGGAUUUUGGAACCUCAGGGACUCCAUCCUCCCUAUCCAGCCCCACAAUCGUUGGCCCUCUCCUGGUGCCAUUCACCCUCAACUUCACCAUUACCAACCUGCAGUAUGAGGAGGACAUGCAUCACCCUGGCUCCAGGAAGUUCAACACCACAGACAGGGUCCUGCAGGGUCUGCUUGGCCCUGUAUUCAAGAACACCAGUGUUGGCCCUCUGUACUCUGACUGCAGACUGAUCUCUCUCAGGCCCGAGGAGGAUGGAGCAGCCACUGGAGUGGAUGCCAUCUGCACCCACCAUCUUGACCCCAAAAGCCCUGGACUCAACAGAGAACAGCUGUACUGGGAGCUGAACCAGCUGACCAAUGGCAUCAAAGAGCUGGGCCCCUACACCCUGGACAGUAACAGUCUCUAUGUCAAUGGUUUCACCCAUCGGACCUCUGUGCCCACCACCAGCACUCCUGGGACCUCCACAGUGGACUUUGGAACCUCAGGGACUCCAUCCUUCCUCCCAAGCCCCACAACUGCUGGCCCUCUCCUGGUGCCUUUCACCCUCAACUUCACCAUCACCAACCUGAAGUAUGAGGAGGACAUGCGUCACCCUGGUUCCAGGAAGUUCAACACCACAGAGAGGGUCUUGCAGAAUCUGCUUGGUCCCAUGUUGAAGAACACCAGUGUUGGCCCUCUGUACUCUGGCUGCAGACUGACCUUGCUCAGGUCUGAGAAGGAUGGAGUAGCCACUGGAGUGGAUGCCCUCUGCACCCACCGUCUUGACCCCAAAAGCCCUGGAGUGGACAGGGAGCAGCUGUACUGGGAACUGAGCCAGCUGACCCAUGGCAUCAAAGAGCUGGGCCCCUACACCCUGGACAGGAACAGCCUCUAUGUCAAUGGUUUCACCCAUCGGACCUCUGUACACACCACCAGCACUCCUGGGACCUCCACAAUGGACCUUGGGACCUCAGGGACUCCAUCCUCCAUCCCCAGCCCCACAACUGCUGGCCCUCUCCUGGUGCCGUUCACCCUCAACUUCACCAUCACCAACCUGAAGUAUGAGGAGGACAUGCGUCGCCCUGGUUCCAGGAAGUUCAACACCACGGAGAGGGUCCUGCAGAGUCUGCUUGGUCCCAUGUUCAAGAACACCAGUGUUGGCCCUCUGUACUCUGACUGCAGACUGACCUUGCUCAGGUCCGAGAAGGAUGGAGCAGCCACUGGAGUGGAUGCCCUCUGCACCCACCAUCUUGACCCCAAAAGCCCUGGAGUGGACAGGGAGCAGCUAUACUGGGAACUGAGCCAGCUAACCCAUGGCAUCAAAGAGCUGGGCCCCUACACCCUGGACAGGAACAGCCUCUAUGUCAAUGGUUUCACCCAUCGGACCUCUGUGCCCACCACCAGCACUCCUGGGACCUCCACAGUGGACCUUGGGACUUCAGGGACUCCAACCUCCCUCGCCAGCCCCACAACUGCUGGCCCUCUCCUGGUGCCGUUCACCCUCAACUUUACCAUCACCAACCUGAAGUACAAGGAGGACAUGCAUCACCCUGGCUCCAGGAAGUUCAACACCACGGAGAGGGUCCUGCAGAGUCUGCUUGGUCCCAUGUUGAAGAACACCAGUGUUGGCCCUCUGUACUCUGGCUGCAGACUGACCUUGCUCAGGUCUGAGAAGGAUGGAGCAGCCACUGGAGUGGAUGCCCUCUGCACCCACCGUCUUCACCCCAAAAGUCCUGGAGUGGAUAGGGAGCAGCUGUAUUGGGAGCUGAGCCAGCUGACCCAUGGCGUCAAGGAGCUGGGCCCCUACACCCUGGACAGGAACAGUCUGUAUGUCAAUGGUUUCACCCAUCGGACCUCUGUGCCCACCACCAGCACUCCUGGGACCUCCACAGUGGAACUUGGGACCUUAGGGACUCCAUCCUCCAUCCCCAGCCCUACAUCUGCUGGCCCUCUCCUGGUGCCAUUUACCCUCAACUUCACCAUCACCAACCUGCAGUACGAGGAGGACAUGCAUCACCCAGGGUCCAGGAAGUUCAACACCACAGAGAGGGUCCUGCAGGGUCUGCUUGGUCCCGUGUUCAAGAACACCAGUGUCGGCCCUCUGUACUCUGGCUGCAGACUGACCUUGCUCAGGCCUGAGAAGAAUGGGGCAGCCACUGGAGUGGAUACCAUCUGCACCCAACAUCUUGACCCCAAAAGCCCUGGACUCAACAGAGAGCAGCUGUACUGGGAGCUGAACCAGCUGACCCAUGGCAUCAAAGAGCUGGGCCCCUACACCCUGGACAGGAACAGUCUCUAUGUCAAUGGUUUCACCCAUUGGAGCUCUAUGGCCCCCACCAGCACUCCUGGGACCUCCACAUUGGACCUUGGAACCUCAGGGACUCCAUCCUUCCUCCUCAGCCCCACAGCAGCUGUUCCUCUCCUGGUGCCAUUCACCCUCAACUUCACCAUCACCAAUCUGCAGUAUGGGGAGGACAUGCAUCACCCUGGCUCCAGGAAGUUCAACACCACAGAGAGGGUCCUGCAGGGUCUGCUUGGUCCGUUGUUCAAGAACUCCAGCGUCGGCCCUCUGUACUCUGGCUGCAGCCUGAUCUCCCUCAGGUCUGAGAAGGAUGGGGCAGCCACUGGAGUGGAUGCCAUCUGUACCCACCGCCUUACCCCUCAAAGCCCUGGACUGGACAGGGAGCAGCUGUACUGGGAGUUGAGCCAGAUGACCAAUGGCAUCAAAGAGCUGGGCCCCUACACCCUGGACAGGAACAGUCUCUAUGUCAAUGGUUUCACCUAUCGGAGCUCUGUGCCCACCACCAGCACUCCUUGGACUUCCACAGUGGACCUUGGAAUCUCAGGGACUCCAUCCCCCAUCCCCAUCCCCACAACUGCUGGCCCUCUCCUGGUGCCGUUCACCCUCAACUUCACCAUCACCAACCUGCAGUAUGAGGAGGACAUGCAUCGCCCUGGCUCCAGGAAGUUCAACACCACAGAGAGGGUCCUGCAGGGUCUGCUUAGUCCCAUAUUCAAGAACUCCAGUGUUGGCCCUCUUUACUCUGGCUGCAGACUGACUUCUCUAAGGACCGAGAAGGAUGGAGCAGCCACUGGAGUGGACGCUGUCUGCCUCUACCACCCUGAUCCCAAAAGACCUGGGCUGGACAGAGAGCAGCUCUACUGGGAGCUGAGCCAACUGACCCACAGCAUCACUGAACUGGGCCCCUACACCCUGAACAGAGACAGUCUGUAUGUCAAUGGUUUCACCCAUUGGAAAUCUGUGCCCACCACCAGUACUCCUGGGACCUCCACAGUGCACCUGGCAACCUCUGGGCCUCCAUCCUCCAUCUCCAGCCACACAGCCCCUGGCCCUCUCCUGAUACCAUUCACCCUCAACUUUACCAUCACCAACCUGCUUUAUGAGGAAAACAUGCAACACCCUGGCUCCAGAAAGUUCAACACCACGGAGAGGGUUCUGCAGGGUCUGCUCAAGCCCUUGUUCAAGAGCACCAGUGUUGGCCCUCUGUACUCUGGCUGCAGACUGACCUUGCUCAGACCUGAGAAGGAUGGGACAGCCACUGGAGUGGACGCCAUCUGCACCCACCGCUUUGAUCCCACCAGCCCUGGACUGGACAGAGAGCGGCUAUACUGGGAGCUGAGCCAGCUGACCAACAGCAUCACAGAGCUGGGCCCCUACACCCUGGACAGAGACAGUCUCUAUGUCAAUGGCUUCACCCAUCAAAGCUCUGUGCCAACCACCAGCAUUCCUGGGACCUCUGCAGAGCACUCGGAAACCUCUGGGACUCCAGCUUCCCUGCCUGGCCACACAGUGCCUGGCCCUCUCCUGCUGUCAUUCACCCUCAACUUCACCAUCACCAACUUGCAGUAUGAGGAGGCCAUGCGACACCCUGGCUCCAGGAAGUUCAACACCACGGAGAGGGUCCUACAGGGUCUGCUCGGGCCCUUGUUCAAGAAUACCAGAAUCUCAGAACUCCUUUCUGGGCAAUCCUUUCAUUGUCACCCCCUCUGCCCACUUAACCUCCUCAGGCCAGAGAAGGACAAGGCAGCCACCAGAGUGGAUGCCAUCUGUACCCUCCGCCCUGACCCUCAAAGCCCUGGACUGGACAGAGAGCAGCUGUACUGGGAGCUGAGCCAGUUGACCCAUGGCAUCACUGAGCUGGGCCCCUACACCCUGGACAGGGACAGUCUCUAUGUCAAUGGUUUCACUCAUUGGAGCUCCAUACCAACCACCAACACUCCUGGGACCUCCACAGUGAACCUGGGAACCUCUGGGAUCCUGUCUUCCCUCCCUGAAACUACAGCCACCAGCCCUCUCCUGGUGCCAUUCACACUCAACUUCACCAUCACUAACCUACAGUAUGAGGAGAAAAUGGGUCACCCUGGCUCCAGGAAGUUCAACACCACGGAGAGGGUUCUGCAGGGUCUGCUCAAGCACUUGUUCAAGAGCACCGGGGUUGGCCCUCUGUAUUCUGGCUGCAGACUGACCUUGCUCAGGCCUGAGAAGGACGGAGCAGCCACCAGAGUGGACGCCAUCUGCACCCACCGCCCUGACCCCAAAAUUCCUGGGCUAGACAGAGAGCGGCUAUACUGGGAGCUGAGCCAGCUAACCCACAGCAUCACUGAGCUGGGCCCCUACACCCUGGACAGGGAUAGUCUCUAUGUCAAUGGCUUCACCCAGCGGAGCUCUGUGCCUGCUACCAGCACUCCUGGGACUUUCACAGUACCGCUGGAAACCUCUGAGACUCCAUCAUCCCUCCCUGGCCCCACAGGCACUGGCCCUCUCCUGCUGCCAUUCACCCUCAAUUUUACCAUCAAUAACCUGCAGUACGAGGAGGACCUGGGUCGCCCUGGCUCCAGGAAGUUUAACACCACGGAGAGGGUCCUUCAGGGUCUGCUUAGGCCCUUGUUCAAGAACACCAGUGUUGGCGCUCUGUACUCUGGUUGCAGACUGACCUUGCUCAGGCCUGAGAAGGAUGGGGCAGCCACCAGAGUGGAUGCUGUCUGCACCCACCGUCCUGACCCCCAAAGCCCUGGACUGGACAGAGAGCGGCUGUACUGGAAGCUGAGCCAGCUGACCCACGGCAUCACUGAGCUGGGCCCCUACAUCCUGGACAGACACAGUCUCUAUGUCAAUGGUUUCACCCAUCAGAGCUCCAUGAUGACCACCAGAACUCCUGAUACCUCCACAAUGCACCUGGGAACCUUGAGAACUCCAGCCUCCCUGUCUGGACCCACGACUGCCAGCCCUUUUCUGGUGCUAUUCACAAUUAACUUCACCAUCACUAACCUGUGGUAUGAGGAGAGCAUGCAUCACCCUGGCUCUGGAAAGUUUAACACCACAGAGAGAGUCCUUCAGGGUCUGCUCAGGCCUUUGUUCAAGAACACCAGUGUUGGCCCUCUGUACUCUGGCUGCAGACUGACCUUACUCAGGCCCAAGAAGGAUGGGGCAGCCACCAAAGUGGAUGCCAUCUGCACCUACCGCCCUGACCCCAGAAGCCCUGGAUUGGACAGAGAGCAGCUAUACUGGGAACUGAGCCAGCUGACCCAUGGCAUCACUGAGCUGGGCCCCUACACCCUGGACAGGGACAGUCUCUAUGUCAAUGGUUUCACACAACGGAGCUCUGUGCCCACCACCAGCACUCCUGGGACCUCCACAGUGGACCUGGGAACAUCUGGGACUUCAGUUUCUAAAUCUGGUCCCUCAGCUGCCAGCCCUCUCCUGGUGCCGUUCACUCUCAACUUCACCAUCACCAACCUGCGGUAUGAGGAGAACAUGCAGCACCCUGGCUCCAGGAAGUUCAACACCACGGAGAGGGUCCUUCAGGGCCUGCUCAGGCCCCUGUUCAAGAGCACCAGUGUUGGCCCUCUGUACUCUGGCUGCAGACUGACCUUGCUCAGGCCUGAGAAGGAUGGGGCAGCCACUGGAGUAGACGCCAUCUGUACCCAUCACGCUGACCCCAAAAGCCCUAGGCUGGACAGAGAGCAGUUGUACUGGGAGCUGAGCCAGCUGACCCACAGCAUCACUGAGCUGGGCUCCUAUACCCUGGACAAUGACAGCCUCUUUGUCAAUGGUUUCACCCAUCGGAGCUCUGUGCCCACCACCAGCACUCCUGGGAUCCCCACAGUGUAUCUGGGAGCAUCUAGGACUCCAACCUCGAUACUUGGCCCUUCAGCUGCCAGCCAUCUCCUGAUACGAUUCACCCUCAACUUCACCAUCACUAACCUGCAGUAUGAUGAGAACAUGUGGCCUGGCUCCAGGAAGUUCAACACUACAGAGAAGGUCCUUCAGGGUCUGCUAAGGCCCUUGUUCAAGAACACCAGUGUUGGCCCUCUGUACUCUGGCUGCAGGCUGACCUUGCUCAGGCCAGAGAAGGAUGGGGAAGCCACCAGAGUGGAUACCAUCUGCACCCACCGCCCUGACCCCACAGGCCCUGGACUGGACAGAGAGCAGCUGUAUUUGGAGCUGAGCCAGCUGACCCACAGCAUCACUGAGCUGGGCCCCUACACCCUGGACAGGGACAGUCUCUAUGUCAAUGGUUUCACCCAUCGGAGCUCUGUGCCCACCACCAGCACCGGGGUGGUCAGCGAGGAGCCAUUCACACUGAACUUCACCAUCAACAACCUGCGCUACAUGGCGGACAUGGGUCAACCCGGCUCCUUCAAGUUCAACAUCACAGACAACGUCAUGCAGCACCUGCUCAGCCCUUUGUUCCAGAGGAGCAGCCUGGGUGCCCGGUACACAGGUUGCAGGGUCGUUGCACUAAGGUCUGUGAAGAACGGCGCUAAGACACAGGUGGACACCCUCUGCACCUACCUGCAGCCCCUCAGUGGCCCAGGUCUGCCUAUCAAGCAGGUGUUCCAUGAGCUGAGCCAGCAGACCCACGGCAUCACCCGGCUGGGCCCCUACUCUCUGGACAAAGACAGCCUCUACCUUAACGGUUACAAUGAACCUGGUCCAGAUGAACCUCCUACAACUCCCAAGCCAGCCACCAUAUUCCUGCCUCCUCUGUCAGAAGCCACAACAGCCGUGGGGUACCACCUGAAGACCCUCACACUCAACUUCACCAUCUCCAGUCUCCAGUAUUCACCAGACAUGGGCAAUGGCUCAGCUGCAUUCAACUCCACCGAGAGGGUCCUGAAGCACCUGCUCAGACCCUUGUUCCAGAAGAGCAGCCUGGGCCCCUUCUACUUGGGUUGCCGACUGAUCUCCCUCAGGCCUGAGAAGAAUGGAGCAGCCACUGGCGUGGACACCACCUGCACCUACCACACUGACCCUGUGGGCCCUGGGCUGGACAUACAGCAGCUUUACUGGGAGCUGAGUCAGCUGACCCAUGGUGUCACCCAACUGGGCUUCUAUGUCCUGGACAGGGAUAGCCUCUUCAUCAACGGCUAUGCAUCCCAGAAUUUAUCAGUCUGGGGCAAGUACCAGAUAAAUUUCCAUAUUGUCAACUGGAACUUCAGUAAUCCAGACCCCACGUCCUCAGAGUACAUCGCCCUGCUGAGGGACAUCAAGGACAAGGUCACCACACUCUACAAAGGCAGCCAGCUACAUGAUACGUUCCGCUACUGCCUGGUCACCAACUUGACGAUGGACUCCAUGUUGGUCACUGUCAAGGCAUUGUUCUCCUCCGAUCUGGACCCCAGCCUGGUGGAGCAAGUCUUUCUGGAUAAGACCCUGAAUGCCUCAUCUCAUUGGCUGGGCUCCACCUACCAGCUGGUGGACAUCCACGUGACAGAAAUGGAGCCAUCAGUUUAUCAACCAACAAAACCAACAAGCAGUUCCAGCACCCAGCACUUCUACCUGAAUUUCACCAUCACCAACCUACCAUAUUCCCAGGACAUAUCCCAGCCAAGCACCACCAAUUACCAGAGGAACAAAAGGAAUAUUGAGGACGCGCUCAACCAGCUCUUCCGAAAUAGUAGCAUCAAGAGCUAUUUUUCUGACUGUCAAGUUUCAGCAUUCAGGUCUGUCCCCAACAGUCACCACACGGGGGUAGAUUCCCUGUGUAACUUCUCGCCACUGGCUUGGAGAGUAGACAGAGUUGCCAUCUAUGAGGAAUUCCUGCGGAUGACCCGGAAUGGUAGCCAGCUGCAGAACUUCACCCUGGACAGGAGCAGUGUCCUUGUGGAUGGGUAUUCUCCCAACAGAAAUGAGCCCUUAACUGGGAAUUCUGACCUUCCCUUCUGGGCCAUCAUCCUCAUCUGCUUGGCAGUAUUCCUGGGACUCAUCACAUGCCUGAUCUGCGGCUUCCUGGCGACCACUCGCCGGCGGAAGAAGGAAGAAGAAUACAGCUUCCAGCAACAGUGCCCAGGCUACUCCCAGUCACACCUAGACCUGGAGGAUCUGCAAUGA